GUCCGAAAUCCAGUUCGGGAAGUGCGCGCUCCCGCUGCUGAUGACGGCUAAGCUAGCUAGCUAACCGGAGACAUAACCGUCAUCUGCUCCUCUUGUCACCGUUAAUGUCGUCCUUCACCCCGGCGGAGCGUUUUAUUCACCAGCACACACACAUUUUAUAACACAGUUUAUAUCGGUGAUAUAUCUACGAUCAGGUUGGUUUGAUCCGCGGACUGGCCCCCAGUCUGAGCUAAGCUAACUGUUAGCCUCACAGCCAAAAUGGCGGACAACGAGGAUGACGGCGGUUCGACCAGAACAAUAACAGCCGCGGAGCCGCCCGGGGAUCAGAUCCCGAGACCCGGGGAGAGUUCACAGCCAACGGCCGCCGUGCGGAGCACUCAUGCCAGGGAGAGUUUAACUCCAGCGGCCGCAGAGCAGAGCCCCCAGCCCGGGGAGAGUUCCCCGGCCGGGUCCGUGUUGCAGAGCCCCCAGCCCGGGGAGAGUUCCCCGGCAGCAGCCUUAGAGCAGAGCCCCAAACCCGGGGAGAGUUUCCCGGCAGCGGCCGUAAAGCAGAGCCCCCAGCCCGGGGAGAGUUCCCCGGCAGCAGCCUUAGAGCAGAGCCCCAAACCCGGGGAGAGUUCCCCGGCAGCGGCCAUAGAGCAGCGCCCCCAGCCCGGGGAGAGUUCCCCGGCAGCAGCCGUAGAGCAGCGCCCCCAGCCCGGGGAGAGUUCCCCGGCAGCGGCCGUGUUGCAGAGUUCCCCGGCCGGGUCCCUGUCGUUGAGCUGCCCGGGGGAACAGACCCUCCUGCUGGGCCCAGAGUUCUCCAGCCUGGGCACGGACCUGGGGAACACCACCAUCCUGUACGUGCAGCCGGACGGCAGCCUGGUGGAGGGCUCCGGGUUGACGGCCGAGGAGCAGCAGGCUCUGCUGGAGCAGCUCACCCGCCAGCAGAUCGUCCAGGUAUCCGACACCGAGGCCGCGCAGCUGCUGCAGCAGAGCCAGCUCAUCAGAACCAUCCCGGUCCAGAACACGGCCCUGGACCCGACCCAGCUGCAGCAGGUCAUCAACCAGGUCACCAAGUCCCAGCAGCAGACCCAGGUCCACGUGCAGGUCCCCAAACAGACCCCGGUCCCCCAGCAGCAGACCCUGAAGCAGCAGCAGACCCUGAAGCAGCCGGUCCAGGUCCCCCAGCAGACCCUGAAGCAGCCGGUCCAGGUCCAGGUCUUAAAAACCCCCACCCAGAACAACGCUUCCCAGCAGCUGAAGAGCGUCGCCCAGCAGGUUGCUCUGCAGACGGGAGGCUUGGUCCAGGUGGUCCAGAAGAAGUCGGAGCCUGUCAGGAUCCAGAUCCAGGUUCCCCCCAAACAGGAAGUGAAGUCUCUCUCCGCUGCCCCGCAGAAGAGUGUUGCUGUCAGUCAUCCGCAGGUGAAGCUUUCGGCCAAUGGCAGUGCUCAGAUCAUCCACAUCCAGCCUGUGGUUGGUCAGCAGGGUCAGCAGUUUUUCCUGCAGCAGAGCGCGGGCGACGCCCCCAUCCAGCUGCUGCUGCAGAGCUCCGCCCCCGUCGUUGGAUCUCUGCUCCCAUUGGUCCACAAGCUCACCGGUCAGACGACAUCAGCAGGCCCCGCCUCCAGCCUGGCUCAGAAACCCACGGCGUCCCCCACCAGAGUCCAGACCCCGCCCACCGCCGCUGCUAAGGCUGUUAGCGUCCCGCUAACCAAACCCCCCGCUAACGGCACGGCGCCAGCCCCCAGUAAGAGUCCCAUUAAACCUCCUGCAGUCGUCACGGCGACCCCGGCACAGACCGCCAAACCUGCUACGGCCCGGCCGGCCCCCGUGGCCCCUCCUCCCGUGGUCCCGCCCAGCGUGGCUCCGCCCACAAAGGAGAAGAAGUUGAAGAAGCGAGAGAAGAAGGCGCUGAAGGUGCAGACCCGGUCUGGGCGUGUGUCCCGCCCCCCGAAGUACAAAGCCAAAGACUACAAGUUCAUCAAGACGGAGGACCUGGCGGACAGCCACCAGUCCGACUCCGACGACUAUUCCGACAUGAGCGUGGAGGACGAGGAGGGCGCGAGGAAGGAUGGCUCCGCCUCCGGCUCCUCCCCCUCGCUGACGUACAGCCACAAGUCGCGCUCGCACCGCUGCCAGACCUGCGACAAGGCCUACAUCGGCGCCGGAGGCCUGAACCGCCAUUACAAACUGAACCCGACUCACGGAGAGCCUGAUCCGCCCGGCAACACGCCACGCCCCCUCAGAGACAGCCAAUCACAGGAGACCACCACAGAAAGAGAGCCCGGUCUGCCCAGCAACACGCCACGCCCCCUCCGAGACAGCCAAUCACAGGAGACCACCACAGGAGGCGUCAGAGAGGAGGACAAACCUGCUGCCAUGGCAACAAACAGAGUGGACGGGGGUCCAGCGGCUGCUGCAGGACUGCGGGGCCUCCAUCACCGCGGCCCCGGCCGGCCCCGAGGUCGAGGCAGAGGAAGGGGGCGUGGCCGGGGCCGGGGCCGCGUUCUGGCUCCGCCCCCUAAGGUGACGGUGGGACUCGUUAGUAGGCGGGGCCGCCGCGGUCGUCCUCGGAAGAUUGCCGUUACCACGGUAACCUUGGAGCAGCAGGCGGAGAGGAGACGAGACCGACUGCAGGAGCUGGUGGAGCAGUGUGAAGACGAGGAGCUGAUGGAUGUCGUUCUUCCUCGUUUGACCAAAGUGUUGAGUCUCUGGGAGCUGCUGCUGGCUAAGGUGGAGGGGGGCGGUCCGGCUCGGACUCGGUUUCCAGACAUUUACCGUGAGUUUGAGUCCCUGCAGGCGCAGGUGAGACAGGCGGCUCAGGAUUACAUCAUCAGCCCGCAGGGCGGGGCCAUGCCGCUGGAGGUCAGGAACAUCGAGGUGGCCCGGUGUCUGGGGAUCCUGGAUGAGGUGAACAAGAUGAAGGUGGUUCCUGGAGCGUCUCCCAGCUCCAGUCUGACCAAUAAGAACGUCCGAUACAUGGAGAAUUCCAAGAUGCUGCCGCCUUCAAAGAGAUUCAAGAUGGAGAACAGUGUUUCCAUUCACCAGAAUGGGAUCCAGACGGUCAAAACAGGCCGGACCACACUGACCCCCGCUGUGACCUCUGUGACCCCCGCUGUGACCUCUGUGACCCCCGCUGUGAUCUCUGUAACCCCCACGGUGACCCCUAUGAAGCCCUGCUCGGUCUCCGUUACUCCUCUGCUGAUUGCAGCCGGAUCCAAACAGCCGAGCACCGCUGCUGCCUCCAGCGUCUCUGGCUCCGCCCCCACUCAGGCCCCGCCCCCUGGCACGCCCAUGGAGGUGGAUCCUGUGACUGCGAGCCAGGACCGGGUCCUUAGCUCCGGAGACAUCUCGGCCCAGAUGAAGGAGCUGGAGAAAGCUCUGGGUUCAAGUCCCGAGGCUCCAGAAAAAUCUGGAAACCCCGCAGACUCGCAGACCCCCGAGCCUGGCCUAGUCCCAGAGCCCGGCUUCACCCAGACCCCUGAGCCCGGCCCCCUCCCCGCCCAGACUCUGGCUCCCCCUCAGCAGCAGAAGGACUCGUCUGUGUCGCUGCAGGAGGGCCAGGAGAUCUACAUCCAGACGGAGGGGCUGACGGUGCAGAUGGCCGAGCCCGGUCUGGACCGGAUCGUGAUCGUCAACGGGCCGGACGGGACCACCAUGCACAUCCAGACCCCCGAGGGCGUCCCGCUGGAGGCGGUGCAGGCGCUGCUGGGCAUCGAGGCGUCAGAUGCAGCCACAAAUCCUCAGUGAACCUGAACACACCACGCUGACAGCCUGCAUCUUCAGGGUGGUGUUAUAAACCCCGGACAGAACCUGAACGCACCACGCUAACAGUCUGCAUCUUCAGGGUGGUGUUAUAAACCCCGGACAGAACCUAAACGCACCACGUUGACAGCCUGCAUCUUCAGGGUGGUAUUUUAAACCCCGGACAGAACCUGAACACACCACGCUGACAGUCUGCAGUCUUCAGGGUGGUGUUAUAAACCCCAGACAGAACCUGAACACCAUUCUGACUCUGUGGGAGUUUGAGGACAAACGGGACGAGGUGUUCCUUUAAUCUCUGGCCUGCAUCGCUCCGUUGACUCCAUGUCUCGGUCUUUCUUCUUCAGACUGAACUUUGUUUUAAAAACAAACAUGAAGUUUUUCUCCCAUGUCGUUGAAUCCGUGUUCAGAAACCCGAGCUGCUGUCUGAAGUCCACUUCUGCUUUUCAUUUUCUCUCGCGACUCGUUUCUGCUAUUUAAGAAAUAUAAACAGGAAACAUGAACUGCUGACGAACAGCUUCAACAUUAUUCUAACGAGGAUCCGUUUGAGUUCUCGCACUCAGUCUUAUUUAUCGUUCUCUGAUUGGUCCGUUCAGUUUCUCUUCCUGCCGUUUUUUAAGGAAUCUGGACUGUCUGUAAAUUUGUAAACUUGUUUUUUUUUUCUUCAGUGUUUCCAUAUCUGAACUUGUUCAUUUCAAAGUAAAAGCUGAUUGGUUGGCUGUUUAUAUGUAGAUAAAUACGAAAAACAAAGUUUAAAAAAAGGUGCACUAUUUUAUUACUUUUUAUAAAACUUCACAGCGAAACAUUUUCGGAACGUUUGGAGAACGCAACGGAACGUUUGGAGAACGCAACGGAACGUUUGGAGAACAGACUGAAAACUUUGGAGGAAAUGAAAGUUUGCUGAUUUGUUGAUGGGUUAAAACAUUUCCUCUUCCUCCAAUAAACUGAUGUGAUGAACUC